GGGGUACCAGUUGUAAACUUGGGUGCAAGGUAGGGAGCUAUGGGCAAUGGCUUCAUGGGCAGAUGCGGCCGGUGUACUAAGGGUGAAAUGGCAGAUCCACGGUACGCUCCUGUGCACCUUUGUUUAAGGAAAGUGAUGUCCCGUGGAAGUCUUUGUGGUUUGAGGGUGCAAGCCACUCACACGCUUUACCCUCAGAGUGCGGGGCCUGUUGGGAAAGAGACACAGGGCUGGCUAGAGAACCACAUUCCAUCUUUGAAAGUGAAACGGAGAUGGACACUGUGGCUUAUGCUUAUGGCCAAAAUGGGCUCCCUAAAAUGCCCCUCUCUUGAAAUCUAGACCUGAGAGCCUGAACGGGGGGAGGAGGUUGUGGAUCACUCUUCGGGGCCACUCUCAUGGGAGGCAGAGCGCCAAGACAGUGUGGCCACAUGGGUACAUAAACUUGGCUCAACAGAAGCGUGGUCAGAGGAUGUCCCGUCUCCCCUCUCUCGCCAAAUACAUCCCUCUCCAUGGGAAUAGAGGGGUGGAGAAUGGAAGGAUAGGCCAAAGCUUCUCCCCCCCGGGAUUUCCAAGACAGUUGAGGUUCUGAUUUAUGGCCCUCUGCAGGCAGGUGGGAAGGGACAGAAAUGAUUUCCUUUACAGGACUGGAAUCCAGGAGCAGCUUUGUACUAACGUGCUACUUACAAGGCUGCUUAGAAGCCAAGACUGUGCACAUCUGAGCUCCAGAUUCUCAGUGCCGUGGGCUCAUAGUAGGUGGUCCACAUCGGAUGGAUGGAUGGAUGGCUGGACCGCCGCUCCUCCUGCUAUGAUGCCUGGGCAGAUUCCGGACCCUUCCGUGACUGCGGGCUCUCUGCCAGGGCUCGGCCCCCUGACUGGACUCCCCAGCUCAGCUCUGACGGUGGAGGAGCUGAAGUACGCCGACAUCCGCAACAUCGGGGCCAUGAUAGCUCCCUUGCACUUCCUGGAGGUGAAACUGGGCAAGAGGCCCCAACCCGUGAAAAGUGAGGUCAUUGUUGGAUUCCCAGGAACCAUCAGUUUUUUAGCAGCCCUAUGAAGUGGCCUCUUCUAUCAGUACCAGUCGUCUUAUUUUGGUGUCCCCAGAUUUACUGGCAACAUGGACUCAGAGUUGGGAAACUGAGCCCUCUCACAGGUGAGGCCCCUCUGGCUGAACAACUCUGUGCCCAGCCAAGUCUGUCUCCUCUCUACUGCACCCAAAAGACGCCAGACAACUUGGCCUGAGGUUGGAGCUCAGAGACGUAGAAGGACAUUCGAGCAGAUUCGGGCAGGCUGUGGAGGUGCUGGGAGUGAAGUCCUGGGUCCCCUCUGGGUUUACUGCCCCCUCGAGGCUGUGCACCUCCUGCCCUAUGCUGGGGCUCACUGACUGUGAAUCUGCUCUUCGGCUGCAGGGUCCCCCUUUACUAAGCAUAGUGCGUGUGCAUGUUCUGAGUGACAAACUCCUCCAUGAUUUGCCUCCCUAGCCCUUCUCCCUCCAACCACCACCAAUAAGAAACCGUGGCUGUUUGGAAGCCACAUUGCAGAGCAGGACUGCUGUGCUCCAACGGAUCAGCUCUGAAGAGGUUACUAGACGUUUGAGCUUCGAUUUCCUCCCUUGUGAAAAGAAGGGGAUAGACCUUAUCUUACAACAUAUACAAAAAUUAACUAAAAUGGAUCAAAGACCUAAUGUAAGAGCUAAAACUACAAAACUCUUAGAAGAAAACAGCUAUAAAUCUUUGUGACCUUGGA